AUGACUUUACUGGAGGGAAUGGCGUUCCAUACAAAUAUUCUGAACGAGAUGGGUAUCCACCAGAACCUGUGUGGUAUGUUGAUAACUUUCGUGGUAGUGUUGUUGCUUACUAGGCUGUUACAGGUCUAUACACUCAGCCACGGGAAACCAAGAGGUAUUCUACCCCCCGGUCCACGGAGUUACCCAGUCGUCGGAAAUAUACCUUUCUUCAACAAGCACGGGUCACUGCAGGGGUUUCGUACGCUGCGAAAACAGUAUGGCGAUAUUUACAGUAUUCGGAUGGGCAUGUGGCCCACAGUAGUCAUUAGCGGUAAGGAUGCCUUCAAAGAAGCUCUUAGCAUGGAAGAAUUUUCAGACCGGCCUUUAUUUUUCAUAAAUAGACUGAUUGGGGGCGCUAAAGGUCUCGUAUUCGGCAAGUACAAUCCCCGCUGGGUCUUACAUCGAAAAAUUGCCGGAAAUGUAUUGAAGAUGUUCACAGGAACGAGGAACAAUCCUAUAACUGAAAUGGUACAGGAACAAGCAGAAAAUCUGGUCAAGGAGUUCCUCGAUCACAGUGGUGAACCAUUUGAUCCAAGUGAGAACAUAUCCUUUUCUGUAGGUAGUGUUAUCCUCCAGGUUGUGUACGGCAGAGGCAAAAGUGCUAAGGAGGAUAAACAGCUGUCGUAUCUAAUCCGAAAUUUCAGCGAUUUCAAAAACUUCACAAAAGUCGGAAAUCCCUUCGAUGUGAUGGCCUUCAUGGCUUUUCUGACUCCUUGGAAAUAUAAAGGUAUCUUCAGUAUUCUAUACAGGAUGGGAAAAUUAGCUGCCAAAAAGAUAAACUACCACAAGAAAACGUACGAUGCCGAUCACCUUGGAGAUGCAACAGACGGUCUCCUGCACGCGACUUACACUUACUCAGCAGAUGACAAACUGAAAGUAGGCCUCACAAACAAGAUGAUCAUGGAAACGGUGCACGACUAUAUAGGAGCUGGCUUUGACACCGUGGCUGCAACACUGACCUGGGGUUUCAUGUAUCUCGCUGAAAACCCGAAAGUACAAGCAAAAGCGCGCGACGAGCUGGAUAAUGUGCUAGGAAGCCGAACCGUGACAGUACAUGACCGCGCUAAACUUCCUUACGUUGAGGCAGUAAUGCUCGAGGUACUCCGAACGGCGGCAACCUUGCCGAUGGCCGUUCCACACGGAACGUUGCGUGACGUUACGUUCCGAGGAUAUCUUAUACCACAAAACACAGCUAUUUUCUUCGACGUAUAUGGCACCUCGUUUGACCCAGACCUAUGGGACAACCCUGACGAAUUUGAUCCAGAAAGAUUCCUUAAGAUGGACGGCACUUUGGACCAGGCGAAAGUUGACAUGACAGUAUCGUUUGGGUUCGGAAAGCGGAGGUGUCUGGGGGAAAGCCUUGCCCGACUAGAAGUCUUUCUCUUCCUGGUCAACGUUCUUCAAAGGUGCGAGUUGUACAAGCCAGAAGGCCCCUCAUACGACAAGAUGGGUGGCUACUCCUUCGUCCGCUCACCCCUUCCCUUCAAGCUGAAAGCGAUGCCUACUGUGUGACAAAUAAACGCGUGUAUGCCACACGGACACAAACUUUAUCACAACUUGAUCAUACAUUAUCACUUAUCAUAAUGACCAAGCCUCUUUUGUUUGUUAAUUUGGCAUCUUCUUCGUUUGUAAACUCUUCUAUAAUGCCUGCUGGAUAUGUGAUAUUCAAGGAUGAUGACGUUAGAUAAAUGUGUCGCUCGCUGUUUAGCAUCAUG